AUGGCCGCCCCGAAAUCGUACGCUGACAUCGCUGCGACUAUCAACCACGCCCUGGCAAAUCUUCCAGCGCCAGGGGAGGGUAAUAUGGCGGAAAGAUAUCAACUGCUAGGGGCGAUCGAUAGGUUGAAGGCAGCCGUAGAGCCCCCCGAGUUUGCCCUGCAAAGAAUGAACUGUGGAGCGCAUUCUCUGGUAGCUAUGAGGAUAGCAGUCGGAAUGGGCAUAUUCGACGCUCUCCCAUCUCAUGUCGGCGAGGAGAUCUCCUUCGACGACCUGGCCUCACAAACAAAAGGCUCCCCCGAUCUCCUGGAACGCAUCCUCCGCCUCCUCAAGACACACAACAUCAUCACCUCCCCACGCCCAAACCACUUCGCCCCCCUGCCCCUCGCCCUCUCCCUAACCUCCCCCUCCCCCUCCGCAUACUCCGUCAUCCACUUCUACUCCCACCUCAAGUCCCAAGCCCACAUCUACGAAUACCUCUCCUCCACCUCCUUCGCCACCCCAAGCAGCGUCUCAUCCGGGCCCUGGCAAUACGCCCUCUCCACCCGGAAGCCCUACCAGGAAUGGCUCAAAGCAGACCCCCUCCAACAACGCGCCUUCAACGAAACAAUGACCAGCUUCAACGCCUUCCGCCUCUCCCACUGGCACGACACAUACCCCGUCCACACCCUCGUCCCUGCUCCCCCGUCCAGCACCCCAUCCCCAUCCCCAACAUCAUCACCACCUCUCCUCGUCGACAUCGGCGCCGGCCUCGGCUCCGACGCCCUCGCCUUCCGCGCCCGCUUCCCCGACCUCCCCGGCCCCGUCAUCCUCCAAGACCUCCCCGCCGUCGUAUCCUCCAUCACCACCCCGCUGCCCCCCGGCAUCCUCGUCCUCGGCCACGACAUGUUCGCACCCCAACCUCCCAUUGCACGUCAUGCGCGUGCGUACUAUCUGCGCAGCGUGCUUGUUGAUUGGCCCGAUGCACAGGUCCUGCAGGUGCUGCGGCACGUGCGCGAUGCCAUGGGCCCGGAGUCGGUGGUGUUGGUGAAUGAGUAUUUGAUGCCGGAGGAGGAGGAGGGCGAGAGGGUGGGUAAUGCGGUUGCGGCGAUUGAUUUGAUUCAGAUGAGUUUGUUUGGCGGCUUGGUUAGGACGGAGAGGCAGUGGGGGGAUGUGGUGCGGAGGGCUGGGCUGAGGGUGAAGAAGGUCUGGAGGACGGAUCGGGGUGGGCCGAUUCCGACGGGGGUGGUGGAGUGUGUGCUUGAGGAUGGGGAGAAAGAGGAGGAGGAGGAGGUGCUAUAA